AUGCUGUUAAGAACGGCAGUAUUACUAUCCAUUGGGAUAUCAGUAGUCGCCCAAGAAAUAAAUUCUUACGAUCCGGACUAUGGUACAUUCAUUGGCGAAUUGGCAAAUUUGGCAGAUGGUGACGUUCGAGGGAAGGUCUAUGUCGUGAACGAUACGACAUUGCAAAUUGUUAAUUUCACAUAUAAUGGAAAUGCUCCUGAUCUCUAUUUCUGGAUGGACCGCAAGGAGAGCCCGACAACAGAUGGCACUAAAGUACCGUCAUUUGAGUACGGGAUAACCCCGCUUGGAAAGUAUGAAAAUGCAGAACAAGUGGUUCUUACUCUUCCUGGUAGACAUAAAAUCACCAAUUUCAAGAGCUUUUCACUCUUUUGCUUUAAAUACGAGCAUAAUUUCGGAUCUGUGCUUAUCCCGGAAAACAUUAUUAUUCCUCGACCGCAAUUCUUAGCCAGCGAAUUGAAAGGUAGUAGGUACUCCGUCGGUUCCGGACCUAUCCUUAUUCUUGACAAGAGAACAAUUAAAAUAUUUGGAUUUACAUUUGAUGCAGACAAAGCGCCAGAUGGAUAUUUCUUCGUUGGGAGAGGUCCUAAUGUCGCUCACGAUGCCGGAGUUAAAGUGCCCAUCCGAGGAAGAGACACUCCAGAAUUAAACUGUCUGGAUUCUAAUGAGCACUCGAAGGAACCUGUAGUUUUUUCGAGAUCAAUAAAAAUGCUUUUCAAUAUUGCGGGUAUUAAAGUCAGUAUUAGAAGAAAAAGCUUUUAUCGAUUCUGUAAUGUCUUCUUAAUGAUGAGCAUAAUGAUCACAGCUAUGAAUGAACGCUAUCGUGGAGGACAAGAUUUGAUUAUCGAUCUCCCAGCUGAUUACGAUAUCCAACAUGUCGAUUGGCUGGCUAUCUAUUGUUACAAGUUCCGCGUCGAUUUCGGUCAUGUAGCAAUUUCUAAUGUUUCGUCCAGAAUUCCUCCAUAUGUUCCGUCACAGAAACGAUUUGACGACGUUUCUGCUAUGGAUGGAUGGCCGGUGACCUCAUUGCUCGGGAACGAAAACCGACGGAAUUUCACCUUUCAAUUGGGCGUUCCUGGAGGGAAAAAAGGAUAUCAGGCAAUGGCACGUGCGCGACCUGCAAAGUACGUGUGGUACGUGAACGGCGUUCUCGGAGACAUCUACCUGAAACGUGGAGUAACUUAUGCGUUCAUUGUGGAAGGUGGGUCCGACAAAUCAACAUCCGAAUUCUACAAUCCACUGUACAUUACCGAUAAUCAAUCUGGUGGUUAUGGUAAAUUGAGUAACGAGGAAAAAGAGCAGGUAAACCUGUUCUCCGGAUCUGAUCCAUCGCGUGUGUCUGGCCGGUUGUGCAUUUGGACGAAUGACGACAACGUUGAUCCUACACAAUUCUCUACAUUCGCUGAUUUCCGAAAAACACUACGCUUAAAAUGCGAAACGGACAAAGUAGCCGCAUACUUUCAAUUCACUCCGGAUGAGAAAACUCCUGAUACUCUUUAUUAUCAGAGUUAUUCUCAGUACAACAUGGGAUGGAAGAUUCAUGUUGUGAAUGAAUUGCCGACAAUUCCUGAUGUUAAAGAGGAGCCGUAUAUCUACGAACAAUGGCUCCAAACACAAAACGUUCACGAACCGCACACAUCUUCUACGGCACGAUUUUUUGCCGGCGUCGUGUUUUCGUUGCUUUCUGCUCUGUGGCUGUUCUGA